CGGCGGCGGAAGGAGCCGCGGCUCCUCCUCCUCCUCCUGCCGCCGCCGCCGCCUCGCAGCGCGCUCGGCCCGUGCGGGGAGGCGGCAGCUCCGGCGGACCCGCGAUCUUUGCAAUGAGUUACCCUGGUUAUCCCCCAGCGGGUGGAUAUCCGCCACCAGCCCCAGGUAGCAAUCCUUGGGGUGGUGCUGCUUAUCCACCUUCAAAUCCACCUCCAAUUGGUCUGGACAACGUGGCUGGCUAUGCUAAUCAGUUCAAUCCAAACUACAUGGCUGGGAUGGCUUCUAAUAUGGCAGGGACCUUUGGAGGGACAAACGUACCACAAGGCAUAUAUCCUUCAACACCUGGGGGUUAUCCUCCAAUCCCUCCAGGUGGUUUUGGGCAACCUCCAUCAGGACAGCAGCCUUCUUAUGGAGUGUACCCUCCACCUGGAGGAAAUCCACCAUCAGGAAUGCCGGCUUAUCCAGGAUACCCAGGUGGUCCUGUGCCAGGCCAGCCCAUGCCACCUCCAGGUCAACAGCCAAUGAGCUAUCCAGGGCAACCACCAGCAACUUAUCCAGGGCAGCAGCCCAUGCCAUCACCAGGACAGCAGCCAAUACCAAGUUAUCCAGCAGGCCCAUCUGUGAAUCCUCCUAUGCCUUCUUACUCAGGCUCUGCAGUGCCUGCAGUCGCUCCUGGAGCACAUGGAAACCGAGGCACAAUCACUGAUGCACCAGGAUUUGAUCCUCUGAAGGAUGCAGAAGUCUUGAGGAAGGCAAUGAAGGGGUUUGGAACUGAUGAGCAGGCGAUUAUAGAUUGUCUUGGAAGUCGUUCAAACAAACAACGACAGCAGAUCAUGUUGUCCUUCAAAACAGCUUAUGGAAAGGAUUUGAUCAAGGAUCUCAAAUCUGAGCUAUCAGGUAACUUUGAGAAAACAAUCUUAGCAAUGAUGAAGACACCAGUCAUGUUUGAUGCGUAUGAAAUCAAGGAAGCUAUAAAGGGCGUUGGCACAGAUGAGAAUUGUCUCAUUGAAAUCCUAGCUUCUCGCAGUAACGAGCAUAUCCAGGAACUCAACAGGGUCUAUAAAGCAGAAUUUAAGAAGACUCUAGAGGAAGCAAUCAAAAGUGACACAUCUGGACACUUUCAGAGGCUUUUAAUUUCACUUGCUCAGGGAAACAGAGAUGAAAGUACAACUGUUGACAUGUCUCUCGUCCAAAGAGAUGUACAGGAGUUGUAUGCAGCUGGAGAGAACCGUUUAGGGACCGAUGAGUCCAAAUUCAAUGCCAUUCUGUGUGCAAGAAGCAGGGCCCACCUCAGAGCAGUCUUCAGUGAAUACCAGAGGAUGUGUAACCGGGACAUUGAGAAAAGCAUAUGUCGUGAAAUGUCUGGAGACCUGGAAAAGGGCAUGUUGGCAGUAGUUAAGUGUCUCAAGAACACACCAGCUUUUUUUGCAGAAAGACUGCAGAAUGCUAUGAGGGGAGCAGGAACAAAAGACAGAACUCUGAUUCGAAUUAUGGUGUCACGCAGUGAGAUUGACCUGCUUGAUAUACGCGCAGAAUACAAGCGGAUGUAUGGGAAAUCCCUCUACGCAGAUAUCACGUUGUUUUUUUAGGAGGAAAUCAUCACACCACGGGAAAACGAUGACUUUCAGGAUUCAGCUCAGCUUUGAUGAUGUGAUGUUGGCAUCAGACCAUCGGGCAUGGCAUUACACAGUGCUUUUCAAAAGCAAUGCACAUCUUCCUGUCUUAUAGCUGAAGAAACUGAAGCACAGGACUGAGGUCACCUGCCUGGGGCAAGCAGGACACUGCCCCGGAGAGGAGAACUCCGGUCUAGUUCCUAAUUCCUAGUCAAGUCCUGCUUCCAUUUCCUAGGCUUUCUGCUCAAACAAAUCAUAUCUGAAGACUUCCUCGCCUCGUUUGGAAGCAGAGGGCUGUUUCUGAAGGUAACAGUGCUGCUGGAGGACAGCAGCACUUAAAACUUGCUGAAGAUGGAAACACACGCUUCCCCAGAUGUGCGCUGUGAAUCGUGGUCUCACUGUUAAAUGUUUUCCAAACAUUUUUAAUCUUAACAGACCUGCUGGAGUUUUAAAACUAAAUCAUUUUAAAUUAUUUAAUUUAAAGGAUAAAAUUUAAGGAUAAAUUAAAUGAAAGGAUAAGUUUAAAGGAUAUAAGUCCCUUAUUCGUUACUUUCUACAAAUAAAACCUUGUUUACCUUUCCUACAAAAGGACCCAAAAACCGUGGACCCUAUAGCUGCGUAACGUGGCCGCAGGCCCUGUAGGCUCCCUGCUAGCAGCCUCCGCUGUGCCCCUCCGACUCUUGCCGCGCACCAGCGUGCGCAGGCUGUGCUCACCCCAUCCCUCGGUCGGAACGGGGGUACGUGCGCGCGUUCCGGGGUUUCGCUCCGCUGUUGUGAUGUGUCCGUUCAGCAUCGUACGGUCAGACCCCUUAGGGUUACAAACAGGAUUUGGAGGGGUCGGGGGGACGGUAAUUUUUGGCCCUCUGGAUUAAAGUUUUGCUUUUGUCUUGAGAAAUGUUCUCGUUCUUUCUUCAAAGUGUUUGCUUGAUAAGCAGUUGCAUGCUGUCCCCACAGUAAUUUUGGACAAAGCUGGCCCAAACUGCCUUCUAGACCCUUGUGCCAGCAAACGUUUCCUUUGAAUGGAUGCCCGUCCUUUCUCUCAGCCACUAUAAAGUAAAUAUAGGUUGAGGAAGCUAGACCCAUUUCCAUCGAUUCAGUUUACCCUAGCAGUUUUUCCUCAGUUAGUUCUCUAAGGAUAACACACAAAAACAUGGAAUUUCCCUACCAGAGGUCAGUUGCUAUCUGACAAAUAUAAAUACUAUGAGACAAAGCUGUAGUCUGACUUAUGAAUAUUGAUUUAUACAGAUACCAAGAUGAAAGUGAAAUUAGCUU